AUGGAUAAUUUUCGACCCAGAGGUUAUUCGCGCCUUAUUCUCGGCAAUCUGAAACCUCCUUAUGGCUUUGCCCCUGAUAUCGAGUUAGAAAGCCCUCGAAAUGCUCCGAGACCAAUUCAGCACGAGUUUUCUCCAGAUUUCGCAUUGCUCGAAUCCACGAAUGAAUCAAAGCCUGAAGAAAGAGAGCAUCGGCUGAACACAAAAUGGGAUCCGCUCUUCUUGAGGCACUGGAUCCUGGUCACCUUCGCGCUCUUUUUCGCGGCUGUUAUUGCUGCCUUGCAAGUGGUGUACACCGUUUCGCAGAAUAAUCAUGGAGUUGCGACUAGCGACAAUAACGAGCAUUAUUUGUGGACUUACGGCCCAACAGCUUUGUUUGUGGUUGUCACUGUUCUUUGGCGUCAGGUUGACUAUGCUGCAAAAUCAAUCCAACCCUGGGCGGAAAUGGCAAAAGGCCAUCAAAGAGCAGAGAACAGCCUUCUCCUGGAUUAUGUCACGCCGCUCCAGCUCUCAUCACUCUGGACAUCUUUGCGACGAGGCCACUUCGCUGUCUCGUCUAGCAUUGUUGUCUUCGUUCUAAUCAAGGUUAUAACUGUCUUGAGCACCGGUAUCUUCAGCCUCCAGUCCGUCCAAAAGAACGGAGUGCCGACCUCAAUGGCCCUGAACAACACCUUUGAUGGCACACAAUUUCAUCAUGCGGAAUCAGUCGACUCGAGGGCUGCGUAUAUCGCCUACGGUCACAAGGCCUAUAAUAUCAGCCUGCCUGUCGGUACGACUGACCAGCACGCCGUGCAAACCUUUGCCCCCAGUGAUGGACUCGUGAACGGCAGUCUCACGUAUUCUGCCACGGUUGAUGUUUUCAGUGCCAAUCUCAGCUGCGAAUCCGGGAUCUUGAAGCACAACACGUCUUUUGACACACAUAGUAAUGCGCCGAUAUCUUCAUACUACAACUCAUCGGUGUCACUUCCGGACUGCCAGGUAUUCAAUGCAUACCUUGAUGCCCCAGAUUGGUUCUAUGAGCAAAACGACACCACUCAUCGUUUUGGUUAUCGAGCUUCACUGCAGAAUGUGACUUGCUCAAACCUCCCACCCGAAGAUCCUACAAGGCUCCGAUUCAUGAUUGCCACUGCAUAUUCGGAGGGAUUUGGCCUGAAUAACAACACUUUGUUGAAGUCGUCAAACAUCGUCUGCAUUCCAUCCUACUCAAUUCACUCGGCGCUGGUUACACUCGAUACCGAGGGAAACGUCCAAUCCGUCAACCUGACUGGAAAACCGCGUGGCCUCAUCGGACUCAGUGCCGUUGACGUCGCUAAUGGAGUUCUGGCAACGACGCAACAAGCCACUACAAUUUCAACCUCGACCUCGACAUCACCCAAUGUGGUCUUAGAUGUCUUCACAACUAUGAUGCAACAAGAUACAGCCAACUUCAAGGCCGAAGAUCUCCUUGAUACGGCGUAUCUUAAUACUACCGCGAACAGAAUAUACCAAAAAAUCACAGCACAACUUGCAAAUCUUUAUUUACUUCCUGAUACAUCUGAAAAUGCAGGGCCGGCCAUAAAAGGAACCAUCUCUAAGGAUGAGAACCGUCUCGUUGCUAGACAAAUUCCGAUCAGGGUGAUGCAGGGAGUCGCCGGGUUGAUGGUCUUGCUCAUCACUAUCAUCUUAUUUGUUCGCCCCAGAGGCGUGGUACCAAGGAGUGUUGACUCCAUUGCUGCGGUUGCCGCAAUUCUUGCUCGCAGCCCAGCAUUGGAGGCCCGUCUUAGAGGUUCUGGCCACCGAAGCUUGAGUGAGCUUCGUGAGAUUCUGGCUCCGCACAAGUUCAUGACCGUUACUGGUUAUGAAGAUGGAGCACGAACCUUCUCGAUUCAAAUGUUCACCAGCGCCGAAUCAGGAAUACACGGAUCAGCUGUCCGCGGCGACCCGGUUCCUCGCAACAUCGAAUGGACUCGACCUUUCAUUCUACGCAGAAUUGGCAUGUCCUGUACUAUCCUAGCGUCCAUCGCCGCUAUUAUUACUUUAGAGGUCCUUCUGUCACAGUCGCAAGCACAUCACGGACUGGGGAGCGUCAAUGACAACAGCGCAACCAGAUACUCAUGGUUGUAUGUGCCGGUUUUGGUCUUCCUCCUGCUGGCGACUCUGUUCAACCUCAUGGAUUUUGAGAUAGAGUUCACCGAGUCCUUUCACGCCCUGGCUAAGGCCGACUGCGACGCCAGUUCUUCAAUGCUUUGGUAUCCACUGAGGCACAUAUCGCUCCAUGCCGCUUAUAACGGUCUCCGGCACAGCCGGUUUGCCUUGACUGCAGCAUCUUUCUCGGCUGUCCUCGCUCCCCUGCUCACCAUCAUCGUGUCGGGCCUAUUCACCAGUAAGGCGACCACUCAGGGCAUUUCUGUCCAGGUGAAUGCUAUGGAUUGGUUUAAUACGACCACGUUGAUAAACACUGCCACAAAUAUCCCACUUCUCGUUAUUGAGGGCAACAUGUCAUAUCCUCAGUGGACCUACUCCGAAGUCGCGCUCCCCAAACUUAGUCUGGUGGACGACGACCCAAAUCAGCUUGUCGGUCGAGGAGGAACCAUAUCCGUUGAUACACCGGCGAUUCGAGGAGCAGUGAUAUGCAAUGUCGUUCCUCAGGACCGAAUCAUGAACACCACUAUUAGUGGUGGUAACCUUGUCUCCAACAUUAGUACGCCCGAUGGCUGUGGGAACUCUGGCUCUAUCAACGCAGGAAAUACAUGGCUCUACUCAGGAAUGCAGGUCCCAGUAAAUACGUCCGGGUACUUCGGUUCAACGUUAGUGUUGGGAUUUCUUGACACUUGCCCGACGCUCGCAUUGUACUACGGCCAUGUUACUAACAACAAAAUCGACCACUUUACUCCGGUCUUGUGCACGCAAUAUCUCGAACGAGUACAGGCCAAUGUGAGCUUCGAUCUGCCCGACUUUUCAAUUUCGACUGAGCCGAUGGUGCACCCUGGCUCGGCGAUCAAGUUCUCCAACUACUACACUGGAUUUCCCGCGCUCCAGGUGUUGAAUAUUACAUCAACAGCUGAUGAGCUUGACGAUACGUUUAACGCCAUGGUGUAUGGACAGGAUGGAACUCCGACGAAUGAGCUGUUGGAUGAGAACACGUUGAUCACGUCAUACACGCACUUGUAUCGCCGGUACAUGGCUCAAGUCGUGAACAGUUUCCUCCGGGCAGACUUCUCUACCCUAUCCAACAACGCGACCGAGACCGUGGCUAAUCCUCUGCAGGCCGUCUAUAUCAAUCCUCGUCAUUUUCGUCUUGUUCAAUCGCCGCUGUCCACUCAUUUGCUGGUGGGUGUUGUCGGAGCGUUAUUGAUCUGUGCGCUCGUAGUCUUCAUUACUGUUGAUAUGCGCAAUGUCUUGCCUAAACCUGUUGGGAGCAUCGCUGCUGUGGCAAGCCUGCUCGCGGGUUCCCGUAUUGUGGACCCGAAAUCUGGUUUGGCGCCCCCCGGUUCUGAGUACUGGUCGGAUGACGAAUGGGAGAAGAGGGGUAUCUGGCAGAGCGAGAUGUUCAGAAUGGGUUGGUGGGAUAAAUUCCAGCAACCGGUCGAUUCGUGGAGAGGGAAAAGGACGAACAGGACAACCAUGCGACCGCAUGACGAUCAAAUCAAUGAGUCCAGCGACGCUGGUAGUCUGGAACUUCCCGCAUCCUUCAGAAUUGAUGCUCGCCCGAAAAUUGGAUGA